AACUGUGCGGCUGAGUUGAACAGCAGAGGUUCAGUUCAUGUCUGUAUCUCACAGCAGAGGUUCAGUUCAUUCUUGUUCAGUUCGUGUCUGUAUCUCACAGCGAUGGCGUACUUUUAAAAGCUUUCGUUCCUUGUGAAGCUCUAAGGGACGAGCUGUGAUUGGCUGUUAAAUGCCGCCAGUUCGCUUUCUGCCAGCAGCAGCCGGUGAGCUAACAUCAACAGCUAGUUGACACAGCGGCGUUAGCGAGCAGACAUUAGCCAACUCUGCUCUUCACAAAUGGCUGAAGAUACUGUGAAAAACGACCCUUCUUCCGCCCGGCAGGGGGACGAUAAUACAGAUAAUAAGAGCAAUAAUGGCGAAGCUGCGGCAGAAAACCAAACUCUGUCCAAAAGGCAAAGGAAGAAGCUUCUGAAGCAACAGAAAUGGGAAGAGGAGAGGGAGCUACGAAAGCAGAGACGGAAGGACAGAAAGCAGCAGCGUCGGAUGCAGAGGCAAAAUCAUCAGGAGGAGGAGGGAGAGGCCCAGGGUGUGAGGAAGCGUCCGCGCAGAGAGGUGACACCCACCUCCCUGAGGCUGGUGGUGGAUUGCGGCUUCGACGACCUCAUGCUGAUCAAAGAUGUCCGGAAGCUUCACAAACAGAUCCAGCGCUGCUAUGCUGAGAACAGACGAGCCCUGCAUCCAGUGCAGUUUUAUCUGACGAGCCUGGGAGGACAGCUGAAACAGAGCAUGGAUGAAAAGGACAAAGGAUGGGUCAACUGGAAGGACAUUAACAUAAAAACGGAGCACUACAGUGAAGUGGUGGCCAAGGAGGAGCUGGUUUACCUGACGUCAGACUCUCCCAACGUGCUGGAGGAGCUGGACCAAAAAAAGGCCUAUGUGAUAGGAGGCCUGGUGGACCACAACCAUCAUAAGGGCAUCACCUUUGAGAGGGCGAAGGAGCUGGGGAUCGAUCACGCGCAGCUCCCCCUGAGCAGUUUUGUUAAGAUGAACAGUCGGAAGGUUCUGGCAGUCAACCAUG